AUGAUCGUUCCAUCUUCCAGUAGUGAAGACUCUCCCACCUCUUCUUACAGUAAUAACCACAACAAACGAAACAAGUUAUCUCCUCAUUCACAUCUUACAGAGUUUAUUAGAGACAACAUCAUGCAGUAUUUACUCUUUCAUUUACAGUCGUCUCAUUCGAAAACACACAUGUCCAACAACUCAUAUUCAGAGAAUCAAUGUAUUAUUCCUGUUGGGCUGUUAUUUGAUUAUAUUGCACAGCAAGCUCAACGACUCUAUUUCAACAUGUACGAAUAUAUUAGAGAGCUAGCUCUAAUACCUACGAGUCACAAUCGUGAACGUAUACUAUCCUCUUAUGUAAGCACUGCAAACAAUAACAAUCGUAUGCAAGAAUUAUCUCUGGCAUGUAAUGAAUUUGAAAAACUAGUGAUUGAACAGGUGCACUUUCUCAUGGAUCAAGUUCAAUUAAUCCAAUGCGCUCCAUCACCGUCUAGUUUCAAUCACACCACCACCACAGUCAUUCCCAUGAUGAGAAAAUAUGAAAGUAUUUUGCCAAGCAAUUUUGGCUCCAUCAAGCUGGUUGGUAGUGCUUCUUCCUCUGGAAUGGUAGGUCUUAGAUCGUCAACUUCAAUAGUGGAUGAUUCAUCGCUCAUCAAAUCAGAGAAUGGGCUAUUUUCCUUGCAGUCACCCUUUCCAAGUACAAUUAACAGCGGCUAUUGUGACAUGACAGCCAAUAUUUCUCACAACAAUUUUGACAUUUCUUCUCUUUUGAACGAGAGAUUCAAAUUUUCUCCAACCCUAUCCUCAUUCCUUAAACAUUAA